AGUGCGCUUCGCAACACGACUAUGUUUGUUUUUGUCCCUGUACGUUGCUCAUCUGGCGUGGACUAUUCACCGUGAGUCACGCUCUUCUAUCCGCUGCCAGACACCGCCUAGCCUAGCCUUGCCGGCCUUGCUCGUUGUUGUGCAAUCGACGCUGCGAAGAUACGGGGCACUCAAGGCUAGAAAAACUAUGCCUGUAGACUUCCUCGUCAAGUCAGUUGAGGGACUCCCAGAGGGCCUAUGCGUUCCUUUCGUGGAUUCCGUAUCCCCGGACCUUCGCUGUUCGCUGUGUAGCGGUAUCACUGAACGUGUCAUGUCUGACCCUGAAGGUCACAUCUACUGCCCUCCAUGUGUCGCACUCUUGACCGAUAAGGACAACAUGUUUACGUGCAGCGUCUCCAAUUUUUCCGUAGGGAGAGGAAUGCUGAUGGAGAAACGGGAGAUUGCGAAUACUGUCAAAGGGUUAAUGGUGCUGUGUCCGAACAAUUGCUCCUUCCGAAGCUCACUGGGAGAGUUGAAGACACAUUUCCAGCGCUGUGGAGCUGCCCAACGGGAUUUGGUGUCAUGCCCACUUUGUGCAGAUAUGCUUCCAAAAAAGGAACUUGGGCCACACUGCAUGGAGUACUGUAAGAACAGAAUGGCGCCCUGCCCUUUCUGCCGAUGCUCCAUAACAGUUUCUUGUAUGGAACAACACAAGCUCUCAUGCGAUAGCCGGCCAGACUCCUGUGAAUAUUGCAGGCAAAGUUUUCCGACGCACAGAGACCUACGACAAGACCACCUGCCCUACUGCGAGUACAGGCCGAAUCCUUGUGCAUACCAGCCGCUCGGUUGCGACUUUAAAGGUGUUCCUUCGGCCCUUCGAGAACACGAAGCACAAACGAGCCACGGAGACCUUGUCUGUAAGCGAUCCUACGCGAUGGAUACAGCAUUGAAGGACACAAAGAAGCUCUUCAAUGAAGAACAUGAACGCCUUCGGACGUCACUCGAUGAACUCUUCGCUAAAAACAUGACUUUGGAGACCACUGUUCAGGAGCUUCAGAAACAACUUGAGGAGAAAAGCCGUCAAUCGGCGGAGAUGUGUGCAAGAUUCGAAAACCUACUUCAAGGUGUGCAGGCCCAAGUCAAGAAGACUCAAGAAGGUGUUGGAGAGUGUCGGCAGUCGUUUCAAACAGCCAUGAAAGAGUUGGCGCUCAUCGGUCCAGAAUUCAAGCACGUCUGGAAGAUUCAGCCCUACAGGUACUUGCAACAUGUCACUGAGGCUGCGGAAAACAAGUACAUCAACAGCACAGUUGUGAGCACUGGAAGUCCUGGCUAUCGUUUCAUGUUCACCUGCAAGCUCACGGGGCCGUACCUCUCUGUAUACAUGAAGAUUCACAGUGGCGAAGACGACGACCUUCUACCAUGGCCAUUUGCUGGACGUAUCAUCGUUACACUGAAGAGCCAAACUGAUCCCCAGAUGGACAUCGAUAGGGUCAUUAACCCUAAAGUACCGGACAUCGCAGACUGCUUCAAGAAGCCGCAGAGUUGUGGCUAUAAUGCCAAAUUCGGGUUCACCGAAUUCGCGCGAAUUCCGUUAAUAGAAAACGUGCGCAAAGGCUUCCUCGUGGAUGACUGCAUCGUGUUGCAAUUCAGCAUUCUCCCUAGUGUGGAUCCACCUGUGGAACCUUCAGCUGAAUGAUAUGUCCCGCUAUUGCUCUCUCUUUCAUCCCCGCACUUUGGACGGAGAAGGGAUCCGUCGUUCUUGUUUCUGACCGAAUGUAAACAGGUGGUUAACUGUACCGCGGUGGCAAAAAAAAAAAAAAAGAAAAAAGUUCAACGCAAAUUCUGUGCUGCGUUUAGAGUGCAUAGCACCCCACGGUCGUACUGUUAGUAUAGUCUUUUGUGUGUUCUUAUUACUCUAUUCAGUUAGGUUUCUUUAAUCAUAACAUACCUGUGUCCCUGUUAUCCGAUCUCUUAAGUUGAGUUGUGUGUUUGUGGUGGAGUAGCUCCGCUUGUAGCCAAGGGCAUAAUUGUGAUUUCUGCGGUAUCACCAAUAAAAGCUGAAAUUGUGGCCUGCCAA